UAAGAAUUUUACUUCAUAUUAAUUUAAUCACGUGAUUAGCAUUGCACUACCGUAUAUAUGUUCAAGAAAUUGUCCUAUUUGUACUUUGACCAGAAAGACAAUUUUGAAAUGCUACUCAUGGCAGUAAUAUUAACUGUUCUUUUAACAAGGGCAGAUGAGCCUGUUUGCAAUUUGCGAGGCAGACCAGAAUUGCCUCAGUUUUCAAAGGAUGGAGACAUUAUAAUUGGAGGAAUCUUUCAAUUACACGACAACCUUAUAGAUGCCAAACCUGCCUUUAAAGGAGAGCCUGAACCACGAAAAUGCAAAGAUGUAGAUUUCGGAGAAUUACAAUCAGCUCAAACCAUGAUCUUUGCCACUGAAGAAAUAAACAACAGGACAGAUAUACUCCCUGGUAUAUCACUGGGUUAUAAGAUAUACGAUGAUUGCAGUACCAUACCUUUGACUAUAAGGGCAGCGAUGGCUUUAGUGAAUGAACAGGAAGAAAAUAUGUACUCUAACCAGUCCUGUACCAAGCCAUCUACUGUCCAUGCUAUAAUAGGACCCUCUAGUUCUGCAACAGCUAUAGCAAUUGCAACAACAACAAGAGCUUUUCACAUACCAGUGAUUAGUCACUUUGCAACCUGUGAAUGUCUGAGUAACAGGAAUAAGUACCCUUCGUUUUUCAGAACCAUACCAAGUGAUUAUUAUCAAAGUAGAGCCCUGGCACAGCUUGUGAAGCAUUUCGGAUGGACUUGGAUUGGGGCAAUUAGAAAUGAUGAUGACUAUGGGAACACAGGAAUGGCUACCUUUGUGAAAGCAGCCCAAGAAGAGGGGGUUUGCAUUGAAUAUAUAGAGACUAUUUACAGAACGUAUCCAAGAGAAAAACUAAUUAAAACUGUAGAUGUUAUAAAAAAGUCAUCUUCAAAGGUUAUUGUAGCUUUCACUUCUUCUACAGAUUUUGAAUUUCUGGUUAAAGAACUAUUCCUUCAGAAUGUUACUGGUUUUCAGUGGAUAGGCACUGAAGCUUGGAUUUCUGACCUUGCAGCAGGAGAAAGUUUCAGAGUUCUGGGGGGGGCACUGGGUUUCGUAGUCAGUAAUGCAGUAAUUACAGGUUUGGAGGAGUUUUUAAUGAAUGUCCGUCCAUCUGACACCCCUGGGAAUUCAGGCUUAAAACAUUUUUGGGAAACUGUUUUCAGUUGCACCCUGACUUCCCAAGACAAGACUGCAUCGGUUAAUCCAUGUACAGGGUCUGAGAAUUUAGCAGAGGUAAAGAAUCAGUACACCGAUGUAACUGAUCUAAGAAAUGCCAAUGAUGUCUAUAAAGCUGUGUAUGCUGUAGCCCAUUCACUACACAAUCUGCUUACAUGCGAAAGUGACCAGGGACCUUUUGCUGGUAAGACAUGUGCAAAUAAGAAGAAGAUUGAACCAUGGCAGGUAAUGCAUUAUCUGAAAAAAGUUAAUUUCACAACCAAGAAUGGAGAGAAUGUUUAUUUUGAUGAGAAUGGGGAUCCAACUGCAAGAUAUGCAUUAGUUAACUUGCAAGUCAAUAAGGAGAGCAUCAUAAAAUGUGUUACAGUUGGUCUCUAUGAUGCAUCUUUACCAGAAGGACAACAGUUUAUUAUGAAUAACGUCAGUAUUGUUUGGGCAGGUGGUCAGGAUAAGGCGCCUAAAUCAGUGUGCAGUGAGAGCUGUCCUCCAGGCACUCGGAAGGCUGUUCAGAAAGGAAAGCCUGUUUGUUGCUUUGACUGCAUUCCAUGUGCUGAAGGAGAAAUCAGCAAUCAGACAGAUUCUAUUGAUUGUAUGAAGUGCCCUUUGGAAUACAGGUCGAAUAACCAAAAAAAACAAUGCAUCUUAAAAGCCAUUGAAUUCCUGUCAUUUGGAGAAAUCAUGGGGAUGUUGCUGAUGAUCCUUUCAUUGAUUGGGGCUUGUUUAACCACUGCUAUAGCUACUGUUUUCUUUCAUUUCAGAGAUACCCCCAUUGUUAAAGCUAAUAACUCUGAACUCAGUUUCCUUCUUUUGUUUUCAUUAGCUCUGUGUUUCCUUUGUUCACUUACUUUCAUUGGCCAGCCCUCUGAGUGGUCCUGUAUGUUGCGCCACACUGCCUUUGGGAUCACAUUUGUCCUGUGCAUCUCUUGUGUUCUGGGGAAAACAAUAGUUGUGUUAAUGGCGUUUAGAUCUACACUUCCUGGUAACAAUAUGAUGAAAUGGUUUGGGCCCGUCCAGCAGCGGCUAACUCUUUUUGUAUUCACAUUCAUUCAGGCCUUAAUUUGCACUCUUUGGUUAAUACUAUCCCCUCCUUUUCCAAACAAAAAUGUGAACUCUUUCAAAGACAGAAUCAUUUUAGAGUGUGACCUGGGAUCUGCUGCAGCAUUUUAUGCUGUGUUAGGGUAUAUUGGGUUUCUUGCUGCCAUGUGCUUUGUGCUUGCUUUUCUGGCUCGUAACCUACCAGAUAACUUUAAUGAAGCGAAAUACAUUACAUUUAGCAUGCUCAUAUUCUGUGCUGUUUGGAUCACUUUCAUCCCAGCUUACAUCAGUUCACCUGGGAAGUACACAGUUGCUGUAGAAAUAUUUGCAAUUUUAGCUUCCAGCUUUGGUUUGCUCUUCUGUAUUUUUGCUCCUAAAUGUUAUAUUAUAUUAUUUAAGCCUGAGAAGAAUACAAAAAAACAUUUGAUGGGAAAAGGGCCCUCGAAGUCACUUUGAAAAAAAUAAUAACAAUUUUCUAAAUAUGAAAACAUGGUAUAAAAACACAUUCAGUCAAGCACUGCAGCCCCCGCAUUAGGUAACACAGGUCCUUUUUUAAAGACAGCUUCAAAGUUGCUCUUAUACAGCGUGCUUGAAGAUUCACUUUAAAAAAAACAAUAAGAUAAUAUAUAAAUUAAAUAUAAAAUGGGAAUUAUAUCAUACCAAGUUAGUCAUGUAUACAUUUUUUCUAGGUACAGUAUUAGAUUUCAUAAUAACCUGUAAGCCAGUACACUGUAUUAUCCAGCAGAAUUUUCUGUUCCCAGGUUAGACAGGUUUUACUGUACACUAUUGGAUGCUAGAAAUUCUGUAAAACGUUUUACAAAUGCUAUUUAAUAUAUAAUGUAUAUUAUAUUAUUAGUGUUUAAGGUCAUUGCCCUGUUGUGGAGACAUAAGUUCAGAAGUCAAUUUCAUAUAAAACAAAAUGAUAUAUGAAUGUUUGCUUAUUUAGCUAAUGCCAGGGAACCAACCAUUUUCUCCACAUCAGAAGAGCGUGUCUGUAGAUACUGUAGCUGAUGUCACUUUUACAGAGGUUACGCGUUCUCUGUCAUACUAACAGAGCCUUGAUUACAGCAGCGCUGUUGAUAUCUAGCACACUGAUUGGAUACCCUUCUUCUGCUAUGAAUGCCACAUUUAAACAGCUCUGAUAAUACAUUGUAUCCUUUAGAUCCAUUAGACACUAGAAUAGCUAAUUGCCCAUGGGGAUUUAUCAGUGUUAAACUGAUUAUCAAAGAGAAAACAGGAGUUGGAUUAUAACAUCUACAUUUAGCUGCUCUAAUGUAAACUUGCAUACUCAUUAAAAUGUGUAAUUGAUCUUUAUUUUUUGUUUAUUGUUUUUCCUAGGCACAAUUAAAAAGCUUUACUACUUUAUUUACGGCAACCUUAUACCACCUCCUAGAUAUAUCACUGGUGAUAGUCUUCAAUAGAACUUCUCUAUAAUGUACUGGAGGUCUCAAUACUGUAAAGCUAUGGCUAUUGCAUCACCUAGAAUUUUAAGAUUGAGACAUCAUUUAAAAAAAAAUAAAUAUGUGAAUCUUUUAUAUAACAUCAUGUAAUCAAAGAAACUGCAAAAUUAUAUUGCAAAAGUCUACCAGAAGCCAUAAAUGUAGUACAGUAUUUCAUGUUAGAUUUUGAAAUGUCACAUUUUUACAUUUUUUGUCAGUUUUCCGUUAAGUAUAUGGAAAACUACAACGUGGUAUGUAAUCAAAUAUGUUAACUUAACAGUAUUCAGCAGGUAGAAUUCGGCUUUACGGAUGUUUGGAAAACUUUUGGCCAUACCUCUAUAAUGACACACACACUAUAGCAUUUAUAUUAACUCACCAUUUACCAUCUCUUAAUUUAUCAUUUUCUAAAGAUUUUCUUAAUGCAAAAAUAAAAUAUAAUUGUGCAUGUUUACAUUUUUCUUUGUUCUUUUGUAGAUUCAAAAUCAAUAUAUUCAUAUAAUAACUGUGCUACUCUGUGCUACCAUAUGAUCACAAGCAUGCUUUAUUAAUAGCAUGCUUUUAUAAAAGUAUACUGUCAAUAUUAUCUUACUUUUGUAUUGCAAUCCUAGUGAUCUUUUACACUCAUCUUUAAAAAAUACUUACAGCACAAAUGAAGUCUGUGUUUACUGCAUUUUUAAUCACCUACUAUAAAUGCAUUUCAAUGCAGUUCACUACAUUGUUUAUAAUACUUGUAACAAUACUGAAAUAUUAUCAAUUCCGUGUGGUUAUAUUUCCCUAUUAUCUACUAAUGAAUUAUUAUCAAUAAUUACCUUUAAUAAAUUGGCCAUUGCAUUACAAAUAAACACUUAUUUAUCCCAUGAACAAUAAGACUUCUCAUUUGUUGACAGGGUUUAUGGUAAGGCAAAAAAGCAUGGAAAA